AUGCUGGAGACAAUGCACGAGAAUGAUCUAUUUGAUAUGUUUCCAGAAUUUUCUAAUGUGGUACAUAUCCUUGCAGUGAUACCUGCUGCAUCGUGUUCUGCAGAACGAUCAUUCGGUGCGUUGCGCAGAUUAAAAACUUACCUUCAUGGGGCAAAAACUUGUCAGUUACAUCGCACUUAUUAACAUUGAAAGGGCAUAUGCCAACUCUGUAGUCAACAAUGACAUGGAUCGUAUCAUUAAUAUCUUCGGCCGUCGAAAUGGCAGAGACAGCUAUUUCUUUUAACGUGUUUUAUGAGCUCAUAUGAUAGAAUCAUACGAAAGAAUAUUUUCACUUCAUCUGUAGGUCUAUGUUAGUGCACCGUUAGUGACCCUUGUUUCUUCUCGGCUCAGUUUAGUAAAUACUUGGACAACUUGAGCGAAUUUUUUUGGGCAAAUGGCUCAAAGCACCCCCUGGCAAAAACUUGCCCGUGCGCCCAUGUGUUCAAGGACGAAGACAUGGCGUUGAUUGCUUCUGUGGUAAGCUUGGUGUGGGCUUUCAUCUCCUCCAAACAUUGAAAAGUCUCUUUGAACAACGACGCAAAUCGUUCAGAAUACGUUUUGAACUCCUCUACCGCCUUUUCUAGUUUUUCCUGCAUUUUUGUAGCUCAGAUCUAUGAAAAUAAUGAAGUUAAAGUUCUCACUUAGAGUCUACCGAAUGUUUUCUAUAGCUUACGCCUCACAAACUACUUGUCACGCCGUGACAAUAGGUGUGAGGCAUUUUUCCACGUAAAGUCUGCUAAGUGACCCCUAUAAACGACCUUUACGGCCUUGUUUAGCAUUAUUUGUCCUUGCCUGCGAACAACAGACAUUUUGCCUGUCGCUCGAAUGAAACAACGGGCAACAUUGACUUGGUGACGUUUUAAACCAGAACAUGCAAGAAAAGCUAGAGAGGGCCGUGGAAGAGUUCAGAGUGUAUUAUGAACGAGCUUCGUCGUUGUUCCAAGAGACCGUUCAGUGCUUGGAGGAGAUGAAAGCCGAAGCGAAGCUUAGCGAAGACGCCAUUACUACUUUAGCUUCGUCCUUGAACAUCGAAGAGAUGAAAGAAGCCCUGAAGAGUAGGACCUCGGUAGUUUUUAUUGGGAAUCGAAACUGUGGAAAAAGCUCGAUUUUGAACGAAGUUCUCGGCGGAUCCUACUUACCAGUCCACGAGAACCCAUGUACUUCCCGAAUAGUCAAGAUUAGUCACUCGAUGCGUGAAAAUACAAUCAGGGUCGUUGACAAAGCAGGAGAAGAAGUUCAACCUCCCGUUACAUUCACAAGGAAAGUUCCCAAGAAAUAUGUGGUGGUUUGUGAUGAUAGUAGAGAGCAAUCAGAACGGCUGAAGUACAUCGUUGAAAUUGCCUUGAAUCACCCCAUAUUGAAAAGUGGCAUCGAAUUAAUCGACUCCCCGGGAAGGAAUGAGAAUGAUGCUCUAGACGAUGUGGUGGACGAAUUCUUUGAAAAAGGCACUACACCUCUCGUCGUUUAUGUCAUCGAUGGGAAUGAGCAACUAAGGCCAUCGGAUCUCGACACAAUUCGCUUCCUUCAAGACAAACACCCACAGUUGUCAUUCAUGUUCGUGUGUAACAAGGUAGACACAUCGGCUAGCGCGCAGACAUUCGACGCUCGAAGCUCCGACGAACUUGAUUCCGACGAAGAGGAAACAGAGAGGGGAGUUGACAAGCAGAAAAUUGUCUUUGCCCAACUACAACGCCACGGAUUGAUAGCGGAGAGUGAAUCCUAUGACAGUUGUUCUUCGUUUUAUGGAAUAUCUGCGCAAAACGUCCGUGAGGACCGUAGGAAGAAAACCUUUAGCAGAGCAACUGAGCUAUUUAGCAAAUUUGAAGAGGGUUUGUUGAGUGUCUUAGAGGAAACCGUCAAAAGGCAAGCCAAGCAAGUGGUAAGCAAGCUCAUCUUUCUGCAAACGAGUCUGGUCCGUGCAAUGGGAAGAACGAGGCGAGUCCUCCCCCACAUGCUUGGAAGUCCGUUAGAAUUUGACACUGCUAAAAGUGUCGAAAAAUCUUUAUAUGAUUCGUUGACCUCAACCAUCGGAAGCGAAGAAAACAUUGGAAGGGUGGUAAAUUGCAUUUUACUAAAUCUUGAGGAAAAAUUCCUCCGCGAAGCUGUUCAUUUCCACACAACAGAACAAGUUUCUCCGGCGCACGAGUUGGAAGCACGCAUGAAUUGCUUGCUUCUCUUGAAAGAAAAUUCCAAGUAUCAUCGCAGGCUUACCUGGAAUAAGGAAGACGUACCUUUCCUUCGAUUCCUGAUCGUUUUGAGAGGGUUGGUCCUGGACAGAACUUUCAAUGAUUUAAAACGGGGUUUUGGAGGGUUUGUUGACAGAGCAAAAGAGGUCGUUGAGGUACAUUCAAGAAAGAUUAUCAAUCCACUACUUCGGCAUGCGUUCGGGGUAGCUUAUGGAUCAGGCCUACCAAAAACGGAGAGCAGUUCUUUACCAAACAAACCUUCUCUAGAGUUGCCUGUACUUCUGACACCCGUGGUGAGCAAAGCGUUAAGAAAGGUGCUGUCAGAGAUUUUGACUGAAGGGUUACUUCACGCGAUGGAACGCAAAUCCUCAAACGCCAAUGAUUUCAAAAUGGCAGAUACGCAAAGUCGAAGAAAAAUCCUUGAGUUAAUUGUUUCUAAAUUCAGCAGUCAGCGAUCGCGAAUCACGCGUGCUAUUUGUGUUGCCUCCAAAGGUCUCCUUGAUACCGUACACAAAGCUUUCUUGAAGGUCAUGGAUGACCUCACUGGCCUAAAUGACUUAGUGUCCAACAACUGGUCACGGCAAUUGGAAGAAAUGGCAGCCCUGUACAUCCCCUCUGUGAGGUAUCUUGCCGUUCAAGGGUUCGCUCUGCAGUUCCUGCUAAACAACGGACCACUGAUCCUCGGUCCAGAAAUGAAAUCUACUAAAUCCACUGCCGUCUGCGCCCAAACAUCCGGUUCCACCUUCUCCUCCUCGAUGACCUUCACAACAAACUCUCCAGCAGAUACUUCACCUGGCCAUCCUGUGGAGCCAUGA